UACUUAGUGAAUGGAGUCGGAUGCGAAACCAGCAUCCGUGUGUUCACACCAGGUGGGCCGGAAAAGACUUCUUGGUAUGAAAAUUCAUACAAUGCUACAAAACUUAUGUGUUUUCCUAUAACCGUUUGUUCCAUAGAGGACGCAUUGGAGAUUGUUUUCCACGGCUGAAGGCGGGGUGCUUGUUACUCGGACUUUCGGACGACGCCAAGGGCGCCGGGUCGCUAUGGGUGGCUGAAAAGAUCUCACAGAAUAUUAUGUCAACCUCGUUUCAGCAUGCAGAUCAUCUAUGCAUUCUUUGCAGAAGUUUCUUUUUAGGCGUCCACCUCCGUGAAUAUUCCAGCACAGUCGUUUGAACGGUAUAAAAAUCAGGAGAUGUCGAGGUCGGAGUAUUCAGCAUCUCUGGUUUGCUUUCAGUCUUUUGCAUCUCUCACCUUCAUUCAUCAUGUUCACACACGCUUUCCGCCAGUUCGUCUUUACCGCCGCAGUGCUUGCGGUCGUGUCGGCUAUCCCGACUGAAGAACUGGAGGAGCGUUCAAGUUGCACGAUUUCGUCUGUAUCGACCGCUUCAUCCAUCUCGAGUUGCUCUUCGGUUACCAUCUCUGCCUUCACUGUUCCUAGCGGAAGCACAUUGUCACUCUCUCCCAAAUCAGGCGCGACCAUCACCAUGGCUGGCGACAUCACCUUCGCCAAGACUUCUAGCGAUGGACCAUUAUUCACCAUCGACGGCGACGACAUCACAUUCAAUGGCGCAGGAUACUCAUUCGACGGAAAUGGUGCCGACUACUGGGAUGGAGAAGGCACAGACGGCGGUGUCGACAAGCCUCACCCGCUCUUGAAGUUCAAGGGCUCCGGCACCUACUCUGACUUCACGGUAUUGAACAGCCCCGCUCAGGCUAUCUCCAUCGGUAACAGUGACGGCCUCGUCUUCGACAGCAUCACGGUCGACAACAGCGAUGGAGAUACCGAUGAUCUCGGUGCCAACACCGAUGGUUUCGACGUUUCCGCAGAUGACGUGACUAUUAAGAACUCUGUCGUGAAGAACCAGGAUGACUGCCUUGCUAUCAAUGAUGGCUCUAGCAUCGUUUUCGAGGACAACACGUGCUCUGGCGGCCAUGGCAUUUCAAUCGGUUCCAUCUCCAGUGACAAUUCCGUAUCAGACGUGACGAUCUCUGGGAACACCGUUAAGGACUCGAUGUACGGAUUGAGAAUCAAGGUCAAAGCUUCAGCCACUGAUGCGUCUGUGUCUGACAUCACGUACUCUGGAAAUACCAUCACCGGCAUCGACAAAUACGGUGUCUUGAUCACCCAGUCAUACCCCGACGAUGACGGUACCCCCGGAACUGGUGGCCCCAUUUCAGAUAUCAACUUCACUGGAAGCACCACGACCAUCACGGUUGGAGACGAUGCCAAGCGUCUGACGAUCGAUUGCGGAGCCUGUUCUGGAACAUGGGACUUCUCCAAAUUGAAGAUCACAGGCGGCUCAGAGGGUACGGUUGACAGCGACGAUGCUACUAUUUCUGGUGGCUCGUACUAAGCCCGUUAAUUCAACCCUCUCUGUCAGUUAAUAGUAAUAAUCC